AUGAUUAAUGUUAUUGAUAUGGACCGUGAUUAUUUUUUGGUUCAUUUUUCAGAUGAAGAUGACUAUUCGCAUGCACUAACGGGAGGACCUUGGAUGGUGGCUGGGCAUUAUUUAAUUGUCCAACGUUGGAGGCCUUUUUUUCUGGAAUCUGAGAAAGCAGUUCGCAAAAUAGCGGCUUGGAUACGCAUACCGGAUCUCCCGAUCGAGCUGUACAACCAUCGCUUUCUAUGGAGAGUGGGAUCGGCCAUUGGUACGAUGUUGAAAAUAGAUAGAGCCAUGUCUAUUCAUUCGAGAGGAAGGUUUGCCAGAAUAUGUGUUGAGAUUGAUCUCACUAAAAAGUUAGUCCCCAGAAGUUUUGUUCUUGGGAGUAUUUUCAAUAUUGAAUAUGAAGGUCUACACCUUAUUUGCUUCAAGUGCGGUCUUUAUGGUCACCGUUCAGAACAAUGUAGUGAACCGUCGGAGGAUGCGGAGGAAGGAGGCGGCGUCUCGGGGUCCGGGGGAGACGGGAGAAGAUCCGAUGAACAGAGGAUCAUUGCAUUGAAUAAGGACCAGAAUGAAAAUAGCAUAAAAUUCGGUGAACAAAAUCAAAGGAGAUAUGAUCAAAGCCCUCCAAAUUUUGGACCCUGA